AUGUCUUUAACAUCUGAUGCCUUCUCUAGAAGCAUAGUAUUGACUUCGAUUCCAUUGGAGGAGUUGAAGUUCGUUUAUUCAGUACCAUAGAUAGUUGAUCCUGAUCCAAUCACGUGCAUUAUCGAAGCAACCCAUGAGGAGGGAGGAAUAUAUGUUGGAGGUUAUGAAGGAGCUAAGGAUUUAGAGAUGCUUAAGAGAUUGAAAAUCAGAGCAGUGUUGACUGCAAGUUAAGAGACAGCUGUUUAAUAUAGCGAUUUAGUUGUUUAGUUUCAUCAUGUAGUGCAAGCACAUGAUAAGGAUGAUUAUAAUAUAUUGCAAUUCGCAGAUUAAACAUUUGAUUUCAUAGAGAGACACAGGAAACAUACAAACAUAUUAGUUCAUUGUUUUUUGGGAAUCAGCAGAUCUCCCACAAUAGUGGUUGCUUAUUUGAUGAGGAAAUACAAUUUGAAUAUGGAGAAAGCCUUAUGGAAAUUGAAAUCAAAAAGAAGACAAGUGAAUCCUAAUACAGGGUUUUUGAAACAAUUGCUAAAUUUCGAAAAACUACUUUAAUAACAGCAAUAAUCAUAACAAUAUUAAUAAUAACAAGCAAAACCCAAGAGCAUUUUUAAGAUGGUUAGACAACAAGCUGUCCCCCAGACUUAGAUGUUGCCUCAAAGUCGAAUCUUACCAAUGGACAGCAGAGUUAUAAUAUAAAAGCAACCUUCAUAGUAUUUUGGAUAAACUUAUUAUAAAUGA